AAAUAUCACAAUAACUGCAGAAUAAUUCAAAAUGAAGUACUUGGGUCUGAUUCUUGUUCUUUCCAUCUGGAUUUAUGCAGCAGCAGAUGAAGCAGGGGAUGAGUGGAAGGCAGCAUUAUGCAGCAAUGACGAUGAAUUGUUGGAGGACAUAUAUAAUUGCUUUGAAUUGGAGCCAAAAGCAAUUUCAGACCCUAUAAAAGAAUGUUUUUCGAGAAUGUCUCCAUCAGCAAACGAUGACCUUAAAGAAUUUACUAAGUCAGUUUGUAAAGAUGAAGCUCUAUAUGAACAAAUGGAUUCAUGUUACGAAGGCUAUGGUGUAUCUGCCGAACAAGAAACGUAUCCAGAAAUGACAGCUUGUUAUAAAGCAUUGUUUGAAAAACAUGGCUUAGUCAAAAAUGCAGCACGCUGGGAGAGUAAGAAACAAAAUUGAAUCACUAUUGCACAGAU